CAUGGCCGCAUCCCAGGCUUCAAACGCAAUCGAUGGCGCUCAGAAGCGCCCCAACUUCCUUGUCAUCGUUGCAGAUGAUCUGGGUUUCAGCGACCUCUCUUGCUUUGGUGGAGAGAUCAGAACUCCAAACAUCGACAAGAUAGCAAGUAAUGGUAUCCGAUUUACGGACUUUCACGCAGCGGCAGCCUGCUCGCCCUCACGUCUAGGAAACCUCAUCGAAUGGACCAACAUAUCUGGCCAAAACGCACCAGCAGAAGGCAAUGCAAAACGAUUUGAUACUGCACCUCAGAGAGGUAUGCCAGGAUAUGAAGGCUAUCUCAAUGAAAGAGUUGCUACAUUGCCAGAAAUACUGCAAGAUGCCGGCUAUUCGACCCUGAUGUCUGGCAAAUGGCACCUCGGCCUGACACCUGAGCGUAGUCCAAAGGCAAGAGGCUUUGAAAGAAGCUUUGCACAUCUUCCAGCGUGCUCAAACCAUUACGCCUAUGAGCCUCAACUUCAGACGCCUGACAAGAUUCCUGAAUUCAUGACUAUGUCGUUCAUCGCUCUUCACUCAGAGGAUGGUGAAUACGUGAAGAAGCUUCCUGAUGAGUGGUACAGCAGUGACGGCUACGGAGACAAAAUGCUCUCGUAUUUGAAAGAGCGUCACGAAAAGAGGGAUGAGAGACCUUUCUUCGGAUAUUUACCUUUCACGGCACCCCACUGGCCUCUCCAAGCUCCUGAUGAGUACAUCGCUCACUACAAAGGUGUCUACGAUGAUGGACCAGAAGUUCUGAGACAGACGCGCUUGCGGAGAAUGCAGGAGAUUGGUCUCCUUGCUCGUGAUGUCGAACCACAUGAAGUAAUCGCGGACGAAGUAAAAGUUUGGGACGCUCUGACACCUGAAGAGAAAGCCAAAUCGGCCAAGGCCAUGGAGGUUUUUGCUGCUAUGGUCGAAUGCAUCGAUGCUAAUGUCGGCAAGGUCGUCGAUUAUCUCGAAGAGACUGGAGAGCUUGACAACACGAUGGUCUGUUUCAUGUCUGACAAUGGAGCCGAGGGUGCAGCCUAUGAGGCGUACCCUAUCGUACAGGGUGAAAUGAUGCAGCACCUGAAAACAUACUACAACAACAGUAUCGAGAACAUCGGUCGUGGUGACAGUUUUGUCUGGUACGGACCACGAUGGGCCCAGGCAGCGACAGCACCCAGUCGCCUCUACAAGGCCUUCACUACAGAAGGUGGUGUUCGUGUACCCUUCGUCGUACGCUUUCCUGCAAACGUCGAGACUCGUUCCGAUGGUUUCAUCGAUGGCCCCGUAGAGGUUGCCAGUUCUGGUUCUCACGUCAGCGCCGANAAAGGCAGCAUCACUCAUGACUUUGCCACCGUGAUGGACCUUUGUCCCACAAUUCUCGAGAUGGCAGGUGUCACACAUCCAGCACCGACCUACAAGGGUCGCGAGAUUGUACCAAUGCGUGGCCAGAGCAUGGUGUCUUUCAUUGAAGGCCGAACCCACUCGACUCACCCUGAAGAUCACAUCACAGGCUGGGAGACUUGCGGUCGCGCAGCCGUCCGUUGUGGCGAUUGGAAAAUCGUCUUCAUUCCCAAGCCUAAAGGUCCCGAAAAGUGGCAAUUGUACCACCUCUCAAAGGAUCCUGGCGAAGUUCAUGAUCUUGCCGAGCAAGACACUGAGCGUCUGGCUCGCAUGAUCAAGAUGUGGGAUCAAUACGUUCUUGAAACUGGCGUUAUCCCUCUGGCACCAGAGUUGGGAAGAUUUCUUGAAGCUACCGAGGAGCAGAUGCCUGAGAACGCAUGGAUGGAGUACGAGUACUGGAAGGACGGGGCUAGAGAUGAGCCUGAGAAGUUCUUCAGACAGCCUCCAAGAUUUCAGAGGAAUGUACAGCCCAUA